AUGACCAUGGUCAUCGAACAGUACGAUGGGUACGGACAAAACGACCUCUUCGGGACGGCCCAGAUUCUCCUGGCCACCAAGCAAUCCCUUUCGAUGCAGCGCGUGCGACUGACCAAGUCCCCGAAGGAGAACCACUUCACUCUGGCUAUGGACCGGAAUCAAAUGCUGGUGGAUACGUUUCACGGGGUCAAACUCAAGUGGAUUUUCGUGUCGAGACAGGUCGACUUGGGCCACCAAGUCCAUCAAGGCUCCACGGUUCAGCACGAAGUUCAGUACUUCGAGCUUAGAUUUCACAAGAAACACAGGGAGAUCGUGGUCAAAUCCUAUGUGUCUUUCCUCAUCGACAAGGCCAAGUCCAUAAAGCAGGGGAAGAAGACGCUGAAGCUAUGCACUCCGGGCUCCGACGGUUCGGGCCCGGGCGCGUGGUCCUCGGUGAACCUCGACCACCCAGCAACAUUCCAGACAUUGGCCAUGGACCUAGAGCUCAAGAAGAAGAUCCUUGACGAUCUCGAUAGGUUCGUGAGGAGGAAGGAGUACUACAGGAGAGUUGGCAAGGCGUAG